AUGGCUAGUUUUGAUGUGGAUAAAUUUGCUGGUAAUCCUUCUGCUGAACUCUCCACAAUUCAAUGUGCAAAGAAGAAGGAUCUUUUGGAGUUAGGUUUACGUUUGCGACUACCAGUUAGAAGUAACUUGAAAAAGUCUGAAAUUCGAAAUUUAAUUCUUGAACAUUACUUAAAGGCUAAAGAGGCUGUCAUAGAUGCUUUUUCAAUUUCUGUGGAGGGUUAUCGGCAAGUUUUCCGCAAUAAAGUUAAAACUAGUACUCAGACAUACCUCGAGUUUGCUUCAGAAAAAUUAAGAGAUUUUAGGAAGUGGUUAAAAGCUUCAGCUAUAACUACCUUUGAACGGUUAGAAAAUAUAAUAGUGUUUGAGGAAUUUGUUAGAAAGCUUCCUUCACAUAUAAUGUUGUACCUUUGUGACAGACAGGAAAAUGACUUGUUAAAGGCAGCUUCUUUAGCAGACACCUACUCCCUUGUACAUAAAACUAGCAAGAGAUUAGAUCAUAUUGUAAAACAAGUUCCAGGCAAUACUCUGGGUGUUAGUACUGAGGAAUCUAGAGAGGCACUGCUUUGCAAAUAUUGUAAGAAACCAGGUCAUUCUAUUAAAAACUGUAAAGCACCAAAUUGUAAGGUUUCGGAGUUAAAUAGGAAUUUUAAGGAUAGGAGUUUUAAAAGUAAUCCAGUACAUAGGGAUAAACCGUCUUUGCAUGUGGUAACACAUGAAGCUGUGGAUUUGUUUGAAGGUUUCAAAAUAGAUGGUAUUGGAUCUUUAACAUCCGAUGGUGCUGAGCAUAAGUUAAAGAUGUUACGUAAUUUAGUUGUUCCAAAUUUGGUGGUAACUGAUCAUCCUAGUGAGGGAAAUGAUUUUAGUAAUGAUGUAGCUUGUGUAAUUACUCGAUCACAGAAAUCAAAAGACCUAGAAUGCUCUGAAGUAGUAGAAAAUGCAGUGGAAAAUAUUAUGAGCAAAGCUGAGCUUAUCAAAGCUCAAAAACAGGAUGAUACCCUAAGUAAUUUUCACAGUCAGGCAGUCUCUAAAAGUGAAAUUGAUAAAUCACCUAGUUUUUAUUAUGAAUCUGGUGUGCUCAUGAGAUUUUAUCGCCCUGCUAAGUUAUCUAAACUUGACACUUGGGGUGAAAAGCACCAGAUCGUUUUACCAUCCUCUGUAAGAAAACUUGUUUUGGAGGUUGCUCAUGAUGGGGGGAGGGAUGGUGGACACUUAGGGAUUCACAAGACUUAUCACAAGAUUCUUAACCAUUUCUACUGGCCUAACAUGAAAAAGGAUAUAGCAGACUUUAUCCGUACUUGCCACAUUUGUCAGAUUUCAGGAAAGCCUAACCAAAGUAUACCCAAAUAUCCUCUUCAACCUAUUGUAGUUCCUGAUGAUCCUUUUCAUAGGGUAAUUAUAGAUUGUGUAGGACCUCUGCCAAAAACAAAAAAGGGUCACCAAUAUUUGCUCACCAUUAUGUGUCCUACUACACGUUAUCCCAUAGCAAUUCCCUUGCGUAAUAUUUUGGCUAAAACUAUAGCUAAUGCUUUGCUUAAAGUUUUCACCACCUAUGGAUCCUCAGAGUUACAGUGUGACCGUGGUUCUAACUUUACAAGCGACUUAUUCAGUAAAGUUCUGAAGGAACUGGAAAUUAAACAAAUAUUAUCCUCAGCCUACCACCCAGAGUCCCAAGGUGUCUUAGAACGCUGGCAUCAGACUUUUAAAAAGAAUACCUCUGCAACUGCGAACUCAAUUGAUGACCUCAUACCUUCUUGGAGCCCAGAAUCCAAUUCAGAAGUUUUACAAAACCUGGAAUUGAAGUUGUCCCAUUUACCUAGUGAACAUUCUCAAAGACUACAGACUCUUAUUGAUAAUGUUUCUUUUUGUGACUUUCCCAGGAAAAGUACUGUACUUCUGCAUGAUAUUGAACUUGUCCCAGGUACGAUGCCCAUUCGUCAACUUCCAUAUCGUCUGAGUCCUGAUCGAAAAGCACAGAUGAAGAGGGAAGUGGAAUAUUUACUCAAACAUGGCCUAUCAGUUCCAAGUAAAUCUCCAUGGGCUUCACCUUGUCUUCUAGUACCAAAGGAGGAUGGUAACUUAAGGUUUUGGUUUUGCACGGAUUAUCGCAAGCUGAAUAUGGUAACUAUUAAAGAUCAUAUCCAUUACCAAGAAUAG